AUGUCGGACCUGGAGGAAGCCAUCGACCUUGCGAGACAAGCUCUCAGGGCCACACCCAACGAGAACAAUGACAACCCAUCGGCAAGAUUGAACAAUCGGUUGGCACGGUUAAACAACCUCAGCAUACGACUAAGCGACAGAUUCAAGCGCACUGGCGCGAUGAUGGACCUAGAAGAGUCUAUCGAGAUCGCGAGGCAGACCGUCGAGGCCAUCCCUGGCAACCACUUGGACCGGGUGGGAGCGUUGAGCAAUCUCAGCAACCGGCUAGGAGAAAGAUACUCACGCACUCGUGAGCUUUCGGACCUGGAGGAAUCCGUCAGUCUCGCGAGGCAAGCUGUCGAGGCCUCUCCCCCGGAGCAUCCUAUCCGGGCAGCAAUGCUAAACAAUCUUGCAUACCGACUACACGACCUCUCUGUGCACACUCAUGCGAUGGAAGACGCGGAAGAAGCUGUCCAGAUUGCCGAACAAGCCGUCGAGGCCAAUCCCAAUAGCUACAUGGACCGACCUACAACACUCUUCACCCUUGGAUACCAACUGAUCGCCAGGUACGAGGAGACUGGUGCGACAGCAGACCUUGGGAAAGCUAUCGGGGUCAUCAGACAAGCCAUCGAAGGCACAUCCGCCAACCACCCGGAACGGGGGAAAAUGCUGAAUAUCCUUGCUUUCCUGCUCUAUCAGAGAUUCAUACGUACUGCUUCAUUCGAGGAUCUACAGGAAUCCACAACCCUGUUUGUGGAAAGCUUGCACAGCGAAGCAUCGGCCAUUCAUGUUCGCAUUGCCGCCGGCCGGGAGUUACUGUCAAUACCCAACAUCACCCAGUGUGGCCAAUGCAUGUACGACAUGGCGCAAACCACUGUCGGCCUCAUUCCAUUAUCUACGCCCUUGUCCCUUGUCUCGGACGAGAAGAAGGUUUCUCUCGCCAAUGCCGCCGGCGCCACCUGCGACGCCGCCGCUGUUGCGCUACAAGCCGGCGAGGGCCCGGUAGCAGCCAUCCAGCUUCUCGAGGUUGGCCGAGGCGUUAUCGCAAGCUCCCUCCAGAACCUGCGAACCGACGUUUCCCUUCUCCGGGAACGACAUCCCGAGCUGGCGGGCUCCUUUGACGAUUUGCGGCGUCAACUGGACGCGCCGACGUCACGCGAUACGCUUCAGGCGGCCGAGACCGCUUCCGGUCCACCAGCGCAGGCUGCAGCCGACCUACGCCACAAGGCUUCCCGCGAGAUGGCCAUCUUGUUGGACGAAAUCCGGAAGAAGCCCGGGUUUGAGGGCUUUUUGCUGCCGGCAAGGGAGGCCGAGAUAAUGGGGGCAGCAGCCUUUGGCCCCAUUGUCAUCCUGAACGUCAGCUCGCAUCGGUGUGAUGCCCUCAUCGUUGAGCCGUCGCGUAUCCGGGUACUGGAGUUACAAGAUCUUUCCAAAGAGGCCAUCAUGGAGCGAACGAGCGACUGCGGGUCCACCGAAACGCUGGAGUGGCUUUGGGAUGUCGUUGUCGGACCGGUCCUGGAGGCUUUGGGAUACACGGGAAUCCCGCCCGCAAGCUCCUGGCCGCGUGUCUGGUGGAUUCCGACAGGACCACUGAGCAUGUUCCCUCUCCAUGCCGCAGGGUAUCAUGCACAACCCGGUAACAAGUCGGCACUCGAUAGAGUUAUCUCGUCCUACAGUUCCACCAUCAAGGCGAUCAGCCACACUCGCCAGCAGCGAAAAGCAGCUCCUAGCCGCGAAUCGAGCGGCAGCGCCGUUCUCCUCUCGAUGACCAACACGCCGGGCGAGCGUCCACUCCAGUAUGCCGCCGAGGAGAUCAGCGCAGUGAAUACUAUUUGUGUUGGCAUGGGGUUGUCGACGCUCCAGCCGCGGGCUACUCAUGCCGAGACUCUUUCAGCGUUGGCCAACUGUACAGUCUUCCACUUUGCAGGGCACGGUAGCACGCAUGCCGAUCCGCUACAGAGCCAACUGUGUCUCGAAGACUGGAAGCAGCAUCCCUUGACGGUGUCAAGCCUCCUUGAGACCCAGUUGGGCUCAGUUGCACCCUUCCUCGCCUUUCUCUCGGCAUGCGGCACCGGCCAGAACAAGGACGAAGAGUCGGCGGACGAAAGCAUACACCUUACGAGCGCGUUUCAGUUGGCAGGGUUCCGGCAUGUGAUUGGCACCCUCUGGGAGGUGGACGACAAGCUCUGUGUCGAUAUAGCUACAAUGACCUACGACUUCAUGAGCGAGAACAAAAUGGAUGAUGCGUCUGUCAGUGGUGGGCUGCACCACGCAGCCCGGGCGCUUCGAGACCGGUGGGUCGACGACGAACUGCACAUCGGUGACGGGGAAAGAAAAGUAAGAGACAUCGUCCUGUGUGACGACGAACCGGCUUCUAGUGGGCUAUCUUGGGUACCAUAUAUCCAUUAUGGUAUUUGA